AGUUACCAAGUUCAUUAGGAAACUGUGCAUCACUAGAGUUCAUUGAUUUUGGUUCCAUGGUGUGAUCAAAGAUGGUUUUGGAUUCUCAAACCUACGAGUCGUCAACUUAUUCAACAACAGUUUUAGUGGGAAGAUACCAUCAAAGUUCAUUGAGACCAUGAUUCAUAUGAGAGCAUUAAAUGCAAGUCGCAAGAUGGGAUAUAUGGAGCAGCUCUUGCUACCAAAUCUCUUCCAGCCUUUUGAAGAUUUUGGUCCAUUUGAUUACUCAAUGACCAUAAUCAACAAGGGCUUGGAAAGGAACUAUAUGACAGAUUCCAGAUACUCUUUUUGGAAUAGAUUUCUCUUCCAACAAUUUUGAAGGACAGAUUCCAGAUGCAUUUGGUUCGUCAAGACUUUUGCAAGGAGAGGGAUACGGCGACCACAGCGCACAGGCGGCGGGGCACAGUCUUCAUCGGCGACCACAGCGCACAGCGGAGAUUCUUCAUCGGCUACCGCACAGAGCACAACUGCACAACCUAUCUCCUCCUCCAACAGGGUACACCACCUCAUUCAUUCAUUUCAGUUUUACAAAUCAACCUUUGUCUCCGGCAGCCGUUGUUAAAAGAUCUUCAGUUCUGCACCAACUUGGAUUGGUGGUUUUCGUCAAUCUCAUUUACUUUGGGUGGAAAACAUGAACAUCAUGAACUCGUUAAUCUGUGUCUUCACGUCUGCCAAAGCAUUUAAUGCCAUUAACAAGGGAAGGCUUACAAAAAGAAUUCGUAAAGAAGAGUGGUUGUUACAUGAAUUCUCCAGAAGUUCGCUUCUUGUCAAUGGAUCUCCAUGCGCAUUCCAUUGCAGGAUAAGACUUUAUUAACUCUUUAGGUUUGUUAUAAUUUCCGCUAUCUUUAUCUCUUUUU